UGAUGUUGGCCACAUUGAAAGAGCCAUGGCAAAGGAGCAGCUCAGAGAUGUUUUGGAGCUUGCUUUAAUUAACCAGCCAGAGACUGUAACUACUGACCUGCUUGACAAGAUGUUAGACGUCCCUCUUAAAGAGAGAUAUCGUAGGCUGGAUCUACAGAGUCUUAUUCCAGGAGAAGCACAGGGGCUGCCUCUGCGGUCUGUAAUCACAGCUCUCAAUAUACUAGAGAAGUAUGGGAAGAACCUUCUUUCACCACACAGACCCAAGUUCUGGAGAAGCGUCAAGUUUAACAAUCCUGUAUUCAAGACAACAGUAGAUGCCAUUGAGGGUGGACGUCAGGUGUUGACAUUAUAUGGAUACACGCAGUCUCUUCCAGAUGGCCUCAGCUUUCCAGAUUCCAUGCCAGCGCCAGACACAGCGAAUGUUGCUGCAGUAACUGCUGAUGUCCUUCUCCUCCAUCGGGAGCUUAAUCUGCUGAUCUCAAAAUCUCACCCACACCAGGAUGAAGCAACUCAAGAACUAUUGGGAGGAAAACUGCCACAGCCAUCCUUGGUUGCAGAUUCCAUUCCUGUAUCUCAACCUCACCCUUCAGGCAUUUCAGCUGGUUGCUGCCUUUGUGGUGUGAAGAACGUUGCUGUAUUAUGCACUUCAUGUAAUGAAACCCUCUGUGCGGGGUGUGAUCAACGAGUACACUGUCACCCCAACCGGUCACAUCAUCAGCGCUCUCCUUGUGGUAUUCCCACUACUCACAGGGUUAAGGAAGAGGAAAUUAUUUCCCACCUUUCCUCGCGCCCUCCUUGGCAAUGCCUGGCUUGCAGUACUGUAAACAGAGGUGGUUCGGUGCUGUGUAUGAGGUGUGAACGUCCUCGUGGCUGUAACAACAACAUGUCCAGCAUGUUACAAGAAACGUCCUUGCAGAAGGACAUGUGGGAGUGCCAGGCAUGUACCCUACAGAACCCCUCUUCUGCUGUGCUGUGCGCAGUUUGUGACCGGCCUCGACUAGCUCGGAAGCCAUCAAGAGAAAAUUAUGCAUCACCACCUAAAGAUGGCACAGAUACUAGGGACCACUUCAAAACUAUGCCCCUUCCUCAAAAGACUAGCCUUUUGUUUACAGAGAAAGAAAUGCAGCAGUCAUUUGCGCUUCUUAACAAAAUGGAAAGUGUGGGAAAAGCUAACCAAAAGAUCUACCCUGGAGAAGGUAUUGCUGGCUGGGAGUGCUCCCACUGCACCUUUUACAACACACACAGUGGACGUGUUUGUGAGAUGUGUGACCGCACAAGUGAAGGGGCAAGUCCUGCUGAGGAGAAAAAGAUAUCGGACACACAGAAGCAAUUACUAAACCAGGAGGAGAUGAGGCAGAAGCAGCUAAAAGAAGAUGGUGCCAAAUUAGUGGCCUUAAUUAAGGAAGGAGAAGCACAUGGUGUGUCCCCUGAAGAGGUGUACAGUGCAGUCCAAUACUCUGGAGCUGAGGUGCCCCUAUGGUGGCUACAGACAGAACUUCCCUAUGUACUGGAACGAGUGAUUGAAGUUGCCCAGAAAGCAGCAUCUGACUUGGGGGCUUUUACAGCAGAAGAGGCACGUACCUCAUGGGUGGCUAGUGGAGGUGACAUGGAGGACACUGUGAAUUUAUGUAUUAUACAGCGGAGGAGUAAGGUAGAAGAACUAUGCACCCUGGGUUUCCAAGACCGGGAUAAAGUGGUUGCUGCCCUCUUUGAAACUGCUGGGGAUGUUGGAAGAGCACUUUGCUUAUUACAAAAACCACUCUUAGAGCCCUUUUUCCAACGUGUAUGGGAAGACGAUGAAGUUCCUUUGCAGCUGGAUUCAAAGGAUAGGCAGGCACUUCUACGAAGAUUGCUUGCAGAACAUUCUCUACAUAGCUGGGGCCGUGCUGAGCUGGCUCUGUCGCUGCUUCAGGAAAGUGAAGGUCGCUUUAGCCUGCAGGAUGUUGUUGAGGCAGUAAGAGAGUCUCAGGACCGUGAUUUCAUCAAGAGGAUGCUAACUCAGGAGUGUGCGGUCUGCGGAUGGGAGCUUCCCCGCAACAAGAUGCGCUCUCUCACCUCAUGUGAGUGUUGUAUCUGCCCUGACUGCUUUCGGAUGCACUUUACAGUUGCAGUAAAGGAGAAACACAUCAGAGACAUGGUGUGUCCAGCAUGUGAGGAACCUGAAAUUAGUGAUGAGGGGGAACUCCUGCAUUAUUUCUCUACACUGGAUAUCUUGUUACGGGAUACUUUGGAUGUGGACGCAUACAACUUGUUUCAUAAAAAGCUGACGGAGAGAACGCUCAUGAAAGAUCCAAAGUUUCUCUGGUGCACUCACUGCUCAUUUGGAUUCAUUUAUGAACGAGAUCAACUAGAUGUCAAAUGUCCUCAGUGUAGAUCUAGUUUCUGCCGGAACUGCAAGAGACUGUGGGAAGAGCAGCACCGAGCUCUGAGUUGUGAAGAUUUCCAGAACUGGAAAAGAGAGAAUGAUGCUGAAUACCAGGCACAAGGUCUGGCUGUAUACCUGCAGGAAAAUGGGAUCACAUGCCCACACUGCAAGUUUUCCUAUGCCCUUGCACGAGGUGGUUGUAUGCACUUUAUUUGUUCUCAGUGUCGGCAUCAGUUCUGCAGUGGAUGCUACAAUACCUUUCACCUCAAGAAUAAAUGCACAGUUCAGUCCUGCACAGUGAGAAUGUCUCUUCAUGCCCAUCAUCCAAGAGACUGCUUAUUCUACCUGCGGGACUGGGAGGUGUCUCGUCUACAGAGGCUUCUUACAAUGUCUAAUGUGCAGUUUAACACGGAUCCUCCCACUGGAGCACAAGCUGUACCUGGAGGCGGUUGUCGGGUCAUGGAACAGAAGGAAGCCCUGGAUGGAAUGAAGGAUGAGGCAUGUGGAAAGCAAACAGCAGUGGGCUAUGCUGGUUUGUGUGAAUCUCAUUAUAAGGAGUACCUGGUGAGCCGCAUUAAUGCUCACCCUCUGGACCCCUGUGUAAUUUAUGACUUAGAAGAGGCUGUUACUGUGUGUAAACGCUACUUGCCAGGCUGUCCUCCCAAAGAAGACCAUGAAGAUGAUGCCACUUACAGAAAUCACCUUGUACAUGUACUGAUGACAGAGAUCCCGCUGAAUUUGCAUAUCCAAAGAAGUUAACAUCCUUAGCUGCAUUCUUUCUGCUCGCUUUAUGUUUAAUCACAGAAGCAUUAAGGUUCUCAUACAGAAUAAAAUCAUUUAUAUUGUUACUUUGGUGUUCUUUGUUAUUUAUAUGACUUAACAUGUAA